UUUUUCUCCCCCUCUCUUUCUCUCUCAGUGUGUGCGUCUCCAAUAAAGUUUUGUGAUGCUCGCCGUCUCCUGUUUGCUGUGGAGUAAAAAUGGCGACCAGCUCGGAGCGGAGUCCCCCUCCCUUCCCGGAGUCCGAGGACCCGGAGCCGGAGCCCGCCGCGGGGGACGGGGACAGCGACGAGGGCGAGGAUAUUUUCACUGGCCUUAGCAAAGUGUCGGAACCCAAGACGGAUCCCCUACCCCAGAGCAGCAAUAUCUUCACUACAAACAACACCACAACUGGAACUACAGCCAGCAACACAGUCACCAGUACCAAGACUAAUGGGCUGCAUUCAGAUGAUGAAGAACAGGAUAUAUUUGCAGAAGCCACCGUUGAGCUGUCAUUGGACAGUCCUCGCAGUGACAGGAAGAAGGAACCAGCCAAGCCCUCUGUGCCGGCUCCUGCUCUCGGUGUCACUCCAAGCACUUCCAAGACACAGCCGAAAACUCUGGAAGAGCUGGAAGAAGAGGAGAGCGAGGACAAGUUUGAGCUGAAUAUUGCGGUUACCCAUCCUGAAAAAAUCGGGGAUGGCAUGAAUGCUUAUAUGGUUUACAAAGUGUCUACACAGACCACUUUGCCCAUGUUCAAGAGCAAGACCUUCACUGUGAAGCGGAGGUUCAGUGAUUUCUUGGGGCUCUACGAGAAGCUUUCUGAGAAGCACUCUCAGAACGGAUACAUUGUACCUCCACCUCCAGAAAAGAGCAUACUUGGGAUGACCAAAGUUAAAGUGGGGAAAGAAGACUCGUCCUCGGCAGAGUUUGUAGAAAGGCGGCGCGCAGCCUUAGAAAGGUAUCUUCAGAGAGUAGUCAACCAUCCAUCGUUGUUACAAGACCCAGACGUCCGGGAAUUCCUGGAAAAAGAUGAGUUACCCCGAGCGACGGGCACCCAGGCGCUGAGUGGGGCCGGAUUCCUGAAGAUGCUAAACAGGGCGACGGACGCUGUGAACAAGAUGACCAUCAAGAUGAACGAGUCCGAUGUUUGGUUCGAAGAGAAGCUGCAGGAGGUGGAGAGUGAAGAGCAGCAGUUGAGAAAGCUGCAUGCUGUGGUAGAGGCGUUGGUCAACCACAGGAAAGAGCUCUCCGGCAAUACUGCGGUCUUCGCCAAGAGCGUGGCCAUGCUGGGCAGCUCGGAGGACAACACGGCGCUGUCGCGCGCGCUGUCCCAGCUGGCCGAGGUGGAGGACAAGAUCGAGCAGCUCCACCAGGAGCAGGCCGGCAACGACUUCUUCAUCUUCGCGGAGCUGCUGAGCGACUACGUCCGCCUGCUGGGCGCCGUCAGGGGCUGCUUUGACCAGCGAAUGAAGACCUGGCAGCGGUGGCAGGACGCCCAGACGACGCUCCAGAAGAAACGCGAGACCGAAGCCAAGCUGCUGUGGGCCAACAAGCCGGACAAACUGCAGCAAGCGAAGGACGAGAUCUCGGAGUGGGAGUCCAGAGUAACGCAGUAUGAGAGGGAUUUUGAGAGAAUUUCUGCGACGGUUCGCAAAGAGGUACUCAGGUUUGAGAAAGAGAAGGCCAGAGACCUUAAGACCCAGCUAGUGAAAUAUCUUGAGACACUUCUACAUACACAGCAACAGCUUAUAAAAUACUGGGAAGCCUUCCUACCAGAAGCAAAAGCAAUCGCAUGAUGGGAAGCAGGGAAGUGGAGCGUAUCUCUUGAAAGUCUGCCUUUUUUUAUACACUUUACCUCUCGCCUAGAAACCAAGAAACAAGAUGCGCUGCAAAGGGAAGAUCUAAUCCAUUUUUUAAUUAUAAUAAAGUAUAGCUCUUCAUCUUAACUAUUAUAUUAACAAUUGUAUAUUUCUCAUUUAACUUCCAUAUAUAUUUUCUUAAUGAAAAUCUCUACUGGGAAUGAAAGCUUGGUGGCAAUGUGUUAUUUUUUUUUAUACCUGUAUGUAAAUGUACUGUGUGGGGGGAGGCUUAGGUGUCAGAGAGAGUGUUGAUAGUCACUUUAGAAAACCAGUCCAUAUUGUACCACUAUUGGCUUACUUAUGUCUUUAUUUGCACUUCUGCACCAGCAGAUUAGCCAAUUCAUGGGUUUGUAUAUGAGCUUGCUUCUCCUUUACUACAGAGGCCCUGUCCCUUGAUUGGUGAGGUUCUGAAGCCAUUUCAUGGAAUCAUUUAAAUUUCCUCGGCACAGGUGUCUGUACUGCAAAGAGCCAAGCUUGGCAGAGCAGUUAUUCAUUUACAGUUGGAGUAAAUUUUCUUUCCUGUAGCCAUUGCUCGGGAGUUUAGGGGGAUUGUUGGGUGCCUGUACAUAAGGGGACCCAAUGAUCUAAUGGAAGUCUUCUGAGGAUGAAAGUCCCAGAUCUAUCUGGUUUUAUUCUGGGGAAAGUGCUGGCAGCCUGAUCUUGGUCUGAGUCGACUGCAAUGUUUCCAGCCGUUUCCACAAUAUAAAAAUGGGUAGGAACCAUCUGUACCUGGUUCUUUGAGCCUCAAACCUAUUUCAGAGCCUUUUGUAGUCCAUUUGGCAUGGAGCUAAUUUGAAAUGCCUAGACUUAGUGAUUUGCAUCCCAGCAGGGUGUGUGGGGUGGAGGGCCGGGGGGACAAAUUUAGAUCAUUUCCAAAACUUUUAAGCAUGGAGGAAUAAAAAUUAUUGGUUCAUGAAAACAUGCCACUUGCUUCCAUUUAGUCUUUUGAUUAUGAACGUGUCUAGAUGCACUGUGAUUUGGAAUGUAAAUGUAGCCAUAGGAUGAAUCAGUGGAAAGGCAUCAGUCAAAAUUUAAGCAAACAGUUUAAUAAUAAACUUGGUGUAAAACAGAAUCGGAACACCAGAAAACUGACUCGGAUGUUGCUUAAUUGAAAAUAAUUCUGCUAUUUCCAGCCUGCAGCAGUGGGUUCCAUUUGAGGCAGCAGGAGGCUGCUGUAUUAGCUGGGAUUUCAAAAACGGCAUCCUUGAGGUCUUUUGAAUGUCUGAAUUAGUCAUGUGUACACUUAGCUCCUUCUGAGUCUGGCUUCAUGAUUCUCUUUAUGUACCCAAGAGGUGCGCCCCUAAUCCCUGUGGUGACGCACACAGUCACUUUUCAAGAAAAACAUUUGUAAGUUUACAUCAGUAUUUUAUUACUGCUGAAUAAUAGUAAUUUGUGAUUGUGUUGAGUGACUGGUAUACAGUGUAAAACAGGGGAAGAGCAACAGGUAAAACACAACAGUGUAAGAACACUUACUAAGUGAGAGGAGGAAUUUUGGCCUUUCUAGUUCGUUUAGAGACUAAUUGCUCUUCGGAUUUUAUUUAGCCCUCUUGCAAAGGAAACCAUGGUUUCAGCUUCAACAGUAUGACUGGGAUCAGCUUGGCUUAUUCCAGACUCCUGCAAGACAUUGUGGAGAAAAGGUGCCUCUGGUUUUCUGUUUAAAUGCACAUCCCCGUAGUUUCCACUUGUGUCCUGUAAUGUUUGUGUGGCUUCUGAAGAAGUAGAUUGGAUUGACUUUGACUGUGCCCUGGAGAAUUUUGAAUGCUUGAAUCAGGACCCCUAAUAGUGUUCUGUGUCCAAGACUGUUUAGUUUUUUCCACAUCUGUGUAAGACAUUUCCGUGAGCCCCAGAUGGCAACUGGUUGCUUUUCUCUGGAUUUAUUCCAGAGCAGUAAUAUCCUUUUAUCUGUCACAAUCACCAAAAUUGUGCACAGUGUUCUAAAUGUGGUCUUGCUAGAGCAUUGUACAGUUUUAACAACAUCCCUUGAUUUAAAUUGUAUACAUUUAAUGAUACAUCUCAACAUUGUUUGAUUUGCCAGUGUUUGUGCUGAAAAUGUUGCUAAACUCACGUCUUUUGGAACUAGCCUCAUCAAACUCGGUGUUUCCUCUUUUAUUUUUAUGCUUUUUUUUGCUACUUGCAUAAUUAGCAGCCUGCUUUUGUCUACAUUAAAAGUUAUUUUGCCAUCUGCCAGGUGUUUGCCUAGUCCUGAAUUUAUGCCAAAUCUUUUGGAAUCUCUUUUGCAGCUUCUGCAGUGUUUGCUAAUCUUCCCUUCCUAAUGAGGUAGUAUGUGCAAACAUGACUAAUUUGCCAGUUAUGCCAGCUGUGUUGAGCAGGGAUCCCCAGUCCUGGUCUUACAGGGCCAGUGUCUAUAGGCUUGCAGUGAACUGGGUUUGUAACGACCUGCAUGAGCACGUUGGCUUCUUUGGAUCAGUUCAACAGCUUCUCCUUGCUCUUGAGAUCCUGGUGCUUUAAAAAUACAUGGAACAUCUUCAGAGACCCUCAAGAACAAGGAUUGGGGGCCCUUGUACCCUCUGUUUCCAGUCUGUUAACCAGUUCAUGGUUGAUCCAAGUAUAUAUAGUACCUUAAAAGCCUACCAUCUGCAGUUUGAGAAGUAAUCUUUUAUAAUAUGAUCAAAAGCUUUCUGAAAAUCUAAAUAUACCAGAUGUCUGGUUGCUUGUUCAUAGAACUCUAGCAAGUUAACUAAGAUCUAGUUUUUCUAAUCACUGCUAACUAUCCCCUUGAAACCCAUUACCUCAGGGUUUUUAAGUGCUUCCUGUACUUGUAACCCAUCUGCCUGUUCUUUUUGUAUUGGCUCAGUUUGAGGCUGUUUGUCUUUUCCUUGCUUAGUAAACAUCUGAAAGAUAAUACAUUAGCCAGUUCUCUUUCAUCUUAGUUUCCCAUUUUACUUCUGUAUUGUUCUUCGGUCAAAGCUAUACUGAAAUAUGUGCUGUCUCCCUGGGUGUUUCAAAUAUCUUUUGUAAUCUUUGCUUGUGUUUUGUUUUCCUCAUUUUCCUUACCUGGAUUAAUUUAAGACUUUAUACAGUGCUUUAUUUCUCCUUAACUGUUUGAUUUAUCCAUUUAAGCCAUUGAUUUCCUGACUGAUCUACUGGUGGGAUGAAUCAGUUUUGUGCUCCAAGCUCAAUAUCUUCAACUUGCAGCCACAAAACAUAACAGUUCCAAAAUAUUCAUGUGGAACGUUUUUAUUAGGAUAUAUUCUGCUGAUGCCCAGGUAAGGAUUGACUGUACAGCAAAGUUUACGUUUUUAUUUCUAAAUUUGUAAGUUAAAAGGGUAGCCUGAGAGAUGAGAGAGAACUCAAUUUUGUUCUUCCUGGAGUUUUUUUUUUUAACUAGCACAUAACUGCAUGGGCAUUCCGCUUUGGAUUGAUAACAUCAUAUAUUUUACAUGUGGGGAGAGUAUAGGUGAUUGGUGUUCAUUAGGGCAGAUGGCGUCUGCUGGCCUGGGCCUAGUGGCUCCAGUCAUACCUACUUGUAAUGGACCCCAGUCUGAGCCUUACCCAUGAUGCAGCACUCAAGGAGCAGAAGAAAAAAAUGUGAUUCUGCCACACUUUCUUCAAUUUAAACACCUUUAAUGUUUUCAAAGUGUGUCCACACUAAAGUCCUCGGUCUUUGGCAGCAGCGUAAUGAAUGCUUUGUAUUAGUUUCCCUUUGUUUUCCAGUUGAGUAACUCGCAUGUUAAUAAUUGUCUUCAAUGAGAACUUCAUUGAAAUGACAGGUCUUAGUGCUUGUCCAGCAGGUGUCUGAUGAAGAAUAACAAGUGUUUCAAUCUGUCAGGGCAUCCAUCAACCUUUGGGCGACCACAAUCAGUGCUUUGGAUGAACAGUUCCCAAGCUUUUAAAACGAGCAAUCAUGUACCUGUCCAGUGAACGUGUGUUAACCUUAUUGUCAGGAGCCCACAAUGCAAUCAGUCAGCUUUAUAACCAGAACUGGCUUUGCUAAUCCACCAUUCUUGAUUCAGACAAGCUGCUAAACAAUUUAGCCAGUUUUAAUUAACCAUGUUUUCUCUUCCUCUGAUGGAGAGUUGGGCAUCACCUGAAAUCAUAAACCUUUCAUUGCUGGAUUGCUCUUUUAUUUCUCACACUUACACGAUGCAUUCCCUGACAUGACCAUUGCAAUGCUUUGCUCUUUUCUGUGAUGCUGUUGGUUGAUGAUCUUAUGUGUGAAUGGGUUGGAAAAGGAAUGAAACUUCAUAAACAGAAGAGAUCCAGUAUGGAAAAUCUUUGGUCUUCAAAAGCAUUAUAUGAAAGGUUAAUACUGAUGUUAAAGGUUAAAACAGAUGCAGAAUGGCCACUGGUUUCCUUUUUUUUCAAGUUUCAAUGAAGACCGAAGCCCAUUAUUGUUCAGUGUUUUAUGUUUACAACAUGUAACCCUAUCCCAGCCUGCAGAAAGCAGCAGACAUUUUUGUAAUGUUUUAACAUGUGAGAAUGGCAAAUUAUAAACAUUUGUAGGCAACCUACUGAUAUGUUUAGAAUAUGCCCUUUAACUGUGCUCAGAAAGCAAUUGCUUUAGUUGCCAUAAAUUAUUGAAAAUAAAUUUGUUUAAUAAAA